AUGCAUCCACAACUUGAGGCACAGAGAUUUCACUCUUGUCUGGAUCUGGUCCAGGCGCUGGAGAAAUGUCACCAGGCAGACUUCUAUAAGCAGGCAUUUGGCCUAUGCAACCCUGAGAAAGAGGCCUUGACGCAGUGCCUACAUAAUGCACGUCUGGAAGGUGAGAAGUAUCAUAUCCUCGCCAACCGCGAGAAGCGGAAGGAAAUGGACGCCAAGUGGAAACAGAUGCAGGAAGAAGAGUACGGCGAGGAUGCACUGCUCAAGAUCCUAUUGCAGCGCCAGCUUGAGCGCAAACAGAGCGGGAAAACCGCAGAGUAG